UAAAAUAUAAGUGAAAACAAUUCGAAAAUAUACAUAACAGCCAGAAAAGCUUGGUAAGUACUUAACGAAUCGAUUAAUUUAAAAUAUUUUUAAGUGUGUCCGUCACACUUUAAGUUAUUUAAAAUCGAAUGAUUAAAUGGAAGAUCACCUAAGUUUGAAAAUAUAUCAAUCUAAAAUCUGGACCAGCUGGAAGAACAUGGCUGUGGCGACAAUCGCAAUUGCUCUGGCUUUUUGUUUGUGCGUGGCGGUUAAAGCUAACCAAAACUAUGCCGCCUUAAGAGAACACAAUCGGUUGAGGAGGUUGCAUGGCAGUCCCCCGCUUCAAUUGGAUGCGGGUCUAUCCAGGGGAGCUCAACAAUAUGCGCAGGAGCUGGUCCGUAGAGGAGUGUUAACGCAUUCAAACGGACCAUAUGGAGAAAACUUAUGCCGACAUCUUGAUCCUGUAAAAUGUGUACAAUUUUGGUAUGAUGAAAUUCCCCUCUACAACUUUAAUUAUCCAGUAUUCAGCGUGCCUACUGGACAUUUUACUGCCUUAGUUUGGAAGAAUUCAAGAAGACUGGGUUUUGGCUAUGCCAGAGACUAUAGAGGAGUGUACUACGUGGUAGCUAGAUACACUCCAACCGGAAAUGUGAACGGGCGAUUCGCAGAAAAUGUCCUCAGGCCGAUCGGAAGAUAUAGGAGAGGCUGAGUCUGCGACUAAGUUUUAAAGCGAAAAAUGAAGCUUAUUUUCCGACAGCUUCUUGAAUGGGUUGAUCUCUACUGGACCUAUAAUAAAGGUAUAAUAGUAUUUACACCUAAAAAACAUGUAUGUAUUUUAAAUAAA